UAACUUCAAUCAAAUGUAGUAUAAAAUUUAUUCCGGACUUAAUCGUGAGAUAUCUCACCUUAUCCCGUAUACCAAACGGUUCCCUUAAGUGUUUGUUUAAAAUGCAGGAUGUGUGUAUAUCCUAUUCCUCAUAAGAGUGCAUAGUUGAUUAAGAUUGGAUUUUUCUCUUCUAACUCAAUGACUUUGAUAUGGGCAACUCUAGUGGUUGCUCUAUUUGUAUAUGCCUUGUAUGAGUUGCUAAACAUUCAGAAGAGAAAAAGGCUUCCUCCAGGUCCAACAGGGCUUCCCAUUUUAGGACAUCUACAUUUGUUAGGCAAAAAUCCACACCAAGAUUUACAAAAACUAGCAAAGAAACAUGGUCCUAUUAUGUAUGUGCGAUUGGGACUAGUACCUACAAUCGUUGCCUCAUCUGCUGAUGCAGCCGAGAAGGUACUCAAGACAUAUGAUCACAUCUUUGCUAGUAAGCCACAUCAUGAGGCGUCUCAAUAUUUGGCUUAUGGCCAGAAGAAUUUGGUAUUUGCAAAGUAUGGUGUGUAUUGGCGCAACAUUCGCAAAUUGUGCACUGUGCACCUUUUGAGCAAUCACAAGAUCAAUUCAUUUAAAUCCAUGAGAAAACAAGAAAUUGAACUUCUGAUUGAAUCAAUUAAAUUGGACGCUCAUGAUCGCGUAGCUAUUGAUCUUAGUGCAAAGAUUACGUCCUUGAAUGCUAACUUGACUUGCUUAAUGGUGUUUGGAAAGAAGUUCAUGGAUGAGGACUUGGACAAGAGGGGAUUCAAAGCUGUUGUUCAAGAUGUUGUGCAUUUAGCAGCAACACCAAAUCUUGGAGAUUUUUUCCCCUUCCUUGGUGUUAUUGAUCUCCAGGGUAUCACUCGCAAGCUCAAGGAUCUUUCGAAGGUGUUUGAUGAGUUUCUUGAGAGGAUUAUUGAUGAACAUGUCGAGAAUCAUGAUCGGAAGCAAACCAAGGACUUUGUGGACACCAUGAUGGACUUAAUGCAAUCUGGAGAAGCAGAAUUUCAAUUUGACUGUCAGCACAUAAAAGCUAUCCUCUUGGACAUGCUUCUGGCUGCAAUGGACACGACAGCAUCAUCAAUAGAAUGGAUACUCACAGAACUUCUUAGACACCCCCAUGUGAUGAAGAAACUCCAAAAGGAGUUGCAACAAGUGGUAGGCCUUGAAAGAAUGGUAGAAGAAUCCGACCUGGAGAACUUAAACUACUUAGACAUGGUUGUAAAAGAGGGCCUGAGGCUGCAUCCUGUAGCGCCACUAUUUUAUCAUGAGUCCAUGGAAGAUUGUGUAGUCGAUGGUUUCCACAUACAAAAGGAAUCCCGAACAGUGAUAAAUUGUUAUGCAGUUCAUAGGGAUCCAAAUGUUUGGCCUGAGCCUGAGAAGUUUCUGCCUGAGAGAUUUUUUGGGAGCAGUUUAGAUUUUCGUGGACGCGACUUCCGAUUCCUACCAUUUGGAUCUGGGAGAAGAAGCUGCCCUGGAAUGCAGUUGGCAGUUACCAUCGUCCGCCUUGUGGUGGCACAAUUGGUGCAUUUCUUCGAGUGGGAGCUUCCAAAUGAUAUUCAGCCUUGUGAUUUAGACAUUGAUGAGCAGUUUGGGAUAGUAACAUGUAGAGAAAAGCCUUUGCUGGUUAUUCCUACUUAUAGACUAAAGAAAUGAUGCAAAUACAAUGCAAAUAGUAAGAGAUAGACUAUUAUAUCUAAACUUUACAUUUUAUUACAAGCAACAUUGAAAGUGUACUAUAUGAUUUUAUGAUUGUUGUGUUCUUCCCCUGCUAUUCUACAAAUACUGCAUUGACAGUA